AUGACAUCAAAAUCCCCAGGCUCAUUCUCACAGAUUCCGCCAAAGGCUACUGGCCCCUGGAAGUCUUCGCUGGCGAUAGACCAUGGGUUGAACGCAUUGGGGGUGAUCCCCGCAGGCUCAGAGGAUGCAGAGAGCAGUGCAAUCUGCCCAAUAAUCAUUUCACCCAAUGGUGACUUGAUCAUUGAAUAUGCCGAUACAAUUGCGACGAAGGGCAGUGUGUUCUGGCAAGUCUCGCGUGAUAUGCUCGUUCGGAACUGCAGUUACUUCAGAGCUUUGCUGGAUCUGAACAAGUUCUCCGAGGGGGUGAACCUUGCACAGCAAUUAAAAUACAUCGAAACUAGCACUGAGUCGAAACCAGCGCUCAUCCUCAAGGAUAGCCCAGCUCAAGUGACUCUGCCCGUGGUUGGAAUCACUGCAAACUCUACCACUAGUCUUUAUGGUGCAGACGUCCUUGGCCUUUUUUUGAAGAUUCUCUGUCUAGAAUCGAUGGAUGACUCUGUCAGAAACCUGUUCAACAAUGCCUUGAAACUUGAGCCGCCGUCAGUCAUUGCAAGACUUAUCCAGGUCGCUGAUUCCUUCAAUGCUCCAGACGUCCUUGAAUCAGCCCUUCGUUCGGUUGGUUAUCAAUACGGCAAAAAAGGGAGAUCCUCUUUAUGUUCCUUUAGCACUGCACUCCUAAAGAUAAAUGAAGAUCGCCUGCGACAGAUCGCCUUGAUAUCCAAGGUUCUUAAAGACUACGAUGUCACUAGAGUCAUGACCCAUACACUCAUCCUACUUGGCUCGAAGUACUGGCAUAAUGGGCCACACCGUCCAGAUCGCGAGUUCCUGCUAUGGCAGUAUUUACCCGAUGAAAUCGAAGGUACCAUGAUAAUUAGGAGCUGUAUUACAGGCGGCGUUGUAUCAUGUCAACAAUCACAGAUUUACAAGCACAUUUCCUUCGUGCUUAUGGCGUAUUGGAGGAUACCAAACCCCCUACCCACUGUACCGGCUCAAAGAUCAAUAGCCAUGGCGUUUGCUACAUCUCACAAACGUCAUUUCCAAUGUAGAGCAGGGCUUGCGAACGGAAGCGAAUGCGAUAUAUUCCAAGCCGGUCAGCUCAUACGUUUCUUUGCCAUGCGCAGCAAAACGGUCUUCCUUGGGUCAAAUCUAAUAGAUCCUGAGUUCAAUACUGAUCCCGGAAGUCAAGGUGAAGACGGGCAAAGGAACCAAUCAGAUCUCUUUGAUUUGUCUGAUAUCAUUGCCAUACUUACAACUCUGAAAGAGUUCCCUGACUAUCAGGUGGAUGCCAAUCAUGGAAGCUGUGGCAUCAAACGCCGAAUCGUCCCAAUUAUUCCUUCUAUUGAGAAUUUGCUUUUGAACCCCAAAAGCCUUAUUGGGCUCGACUAUGGGAGAUGGUUUGAUGCAUUUACUCGCCGAGCAACCGAAUGGAGAACCGCACAAAGAGCCUACUGCGUCGAUAUUCGACAAUCUUUGAUUUAUGCCGUCCAUGAUUCGGAAAAGGGGCCUCAUCGUAUUCUCCCCGCUGCGAACCGAGAUGCCAGGCUUUUGUUCACCGCACAUAAACGUAACUGGGAGGCGUAA